AGUGGACUGGGUUUCCCUGCGUGUUGUCUGAGGCUCUGGCCGAACCAUGUCGGAGAUCCUGUGUCAGUGGCUCAACCAAGAGUUGAAGGUGUCCCAGACCGUGAGCCCCAAGUCCUUUGCAAAGGCGUUUUCCAGUGGCUAUCUAAUUGGAGAGGUUCUGCACAAGUUUGAACUUCAGGAUGAUUUUUCAGAAUUUUCAGAAAGCAGGGUUUCAAGUGCCCAGCUUAAUAAUUUUUCUCGCUUGGAGCCAACACUUCGCCUUCUGGGUGUGCAGUUUGAUCAGAAUGUGGCCAAAAGCAUCAUCACAGAAAAGCCUGGGGCAGCAACAAAACUUUUGUAUCAGCUGUACACUGCUCUUCAGAAAAAGAAGAAAUGUGGACUGACUGGAAUGGAAAUCCAAACCAUGCAACCCCUGACAAAUCUGAGACUUCAAAACAUGAAAAGUGAGGCUUUUCGAGAUCAACGCUUGAGCAGAAGACGACAAAAUGAAAUAAUGGCCAAAAUCCAAGCAGCUAUCAUACAGAUUCCUAAACCUGCAUCAAACCGUACUCUGAAAGCACUUGAGGUCCAAAAAAUGAUGAAAAAGAAAAAAGAGGCAGAGGAUGUGGCCAAUGAGAUCAAGAAGUUUGAAGCAUUAAUAAAAAAGGAUCUCCAGGCAAAAGAAAGUGCACCCAAGACUUCUUUAGAUACAGCAGGCUGGACAACUACUGAUUUAUUAAACACUUACUCUGAUGAUGACUACAUUAAAAAAAUCCAAAAGCGCCUCGAGGAAGACGCUUUUGCACGAGAACAAAGAGAGAAAAGACGGAGGAGACUGUUAAUGGACCAGUUAAUAGCCCAUGAAGCACAAGAGGAGGCCUACCGGGAGGAGCAGCUGAUUAACCGGCUGAUGCGUCAGUCCCAGCAGGAGCGCAGAAUCGCUGUGCAGCUCAUGCACGUUCGGCAUGAAAAGGAAGUUUUAUGGCAAAACAGAAUUUUCAGAGAAAAACAAUAUGAAGAAAGACGACUUAAGGAUUUCCAGGAUGCUCUUGAUCGAGAAGCGGCUUUGGCAAAACAAGCCAAGAUUGAUUCUGAAGAACAGGCCCUCAGAGAGAAGGAAAUUCAUGAACGGAUUGCUGUGGAAAGAACUCAAGCUCGUUACAAAAAGCAUUAUUUAAUAUGUGCUGAAAUUUUUGAUCAAAUACUUGAUUUGUCUACUAAAGUGGCAGACUAUCGAAUGUUGACAAAUAAUCUGAUUCCACAUAAGUUGAUGCAUGAUUGGAAGGAGCUGUUUUUUUAUGGAAAGCCCAUAUAUGAGCAAGCCUAUAUUAAACCUCUACAAGCUAAGCCCUCUGAACAACACCUUAUAGAACUGGAAAAAAGGGACUUACUAGAUAACACUGAUUAUGAAGAAUAUAAGAACAUGGUUGGAGAGUGGGCCUUACCAGAAGAAAUGGUUGAUAAUGUACCACCCUCCAACAAUUGCAUAUUGGGCCAUGUGAUUCACAGACUAAUUAAAAGAUCUCUUCCCCCUCAAGUUGAAUUGACAGAACCUGAAUUACCUUCACUUGCCAUUAAAGGGUGCAUAUUGGGGAAAACAUUUAGUGGAAAAACUACUGCUCUAAAAUUUCUACAAAAAGGUAGAAUUUCUUUUUUUUAUUAUUUGUAUUUAUUGGAUUCUGUUUACAUUGACUAUAGCUGCAAAUGGCUAUGCCUAGUCACUGAGGCCCUACCAAUUCAGAAUGAAGCUGAAGAAAAGGCUCUACCAGUUCUGCAAGAGAAUAGUAAAGAAAGCCCGAAUCUGCAAAAUGAAUUUUCAGCUGAAUCAGUCUCAGAAGAAGCAUUACCAGAAACAGAAGAUGCUGACACUAGCAAAACACCAAAAACUGAAGAAGCCAAAUCAAGUGAUAGUUUCUCCAAACUCACUGUGCGUGCUCAGCUUGGUGCAAAAUCAGAAAAGUUGCUGAAGAAAGGAAAGAGCAUUUCGGACAUGUUGCUAGUUAGCAUCAUGGUGAAUGCUAUUAAUCAGAUUCCUGUAGAUCAAAGCUGGGUCCUUGAUGGUUUUCCAAUGACAUUAAACCAAGCAAAGCUUUUGGAAGAAGCUCUCACAGGCUCUGACAGAAACCUUCCAGAACUGGAGGGAAAGAAAGAGCAAAUAUCCACAUUGGCUGUUGAUCCUACAGCUGCCAGAGAAGUGCCUCCUCCUCCUGCUGCAUUUGACUUUGUCAUGUUAUUAGAUAUUUCAGAUAAUUCCUUGCUGAAUCGCAUGCGUGACACCGUGGCUGAAGCAUUUUCAACUGAGACUCAUCAUAAAGCUAUCAAUCAACGUGUAGCUGCUAAAAACCCAGACAUGGAUGAGAACCAGAAUAUAAGAGACCAAAUCCAGCAUAGGAUUACAGGUUUCUUGGACAACUGGCCUUUACUGGAACAAUGGUUUACAAAACCAAAAGAUAUUUUGAUGCAAAUCAAUGCUGAAGUAGAUAAAGAGUCUUUAUGCCAAAAAGUAAAAGAAAUGUUUAUGACUGAGAUGAUAAAAAAAGAGAACAAAGUUAAAAAGAAAUUAGAAGAAAAGGAAGCUGAGAAAAAAGAAGAAGUUUCCCUGGCUGACUCUAUACAGUCCUCUCCGCCCCCUCCUCCUCCUGAACCAGAGAAAGAGAAGGAAACCCAUCCUCACCAUGAGCAUACAAAAAGUCCUCCCGCAAAAGGAAAACCACCAUCAGAAUCCCCAUAUGGUAAGCCAGAAUCUCUUCAGGAAGGAAAAGGGAAGAAAGGUGAAACUUCACUCAAAAGUAAAGGUUAUCCUAAAGGAAAAUCAGGAGGGAAAGUACCAGUAAAGAAGUUACCUGCUGAAUCUACAGAUUCGUCACCUAUUCCAACAGCGCCAUCGCCACCUAAGCCAGGAUCGGAAGAAUGGGUCUAUGUGAAUGAACCAAUUCCCGAGGAAAUGCCUUCAUUUUUAGUGCCUUACUGGGAACUCAUAGAAAAUUCCUAUGUAAACUCUGUCAAAACAGUACUCAGGCAUCUGAGAGAAGACCAGCAUGUCGUGCUUGCUUACUUAUAUGAGAUUAAAACAAGUUUCCAGCAGUUUCUAAGGCGUCCAGAUCACAAGCAAGAUUUUGUAUCUCAGUGGCAGGCUGAUUUCAACUCCCUUCCUGAGGACUUGUGGGAUGAUGAGGAAACAAAGGCUGAACUACACCAAAGAGUGAAUGACUUAAGAGACCGCCUGUGGGAUAUUUGUGAUGCCCGGAAGGAGGAGGCAGAGCAAGAGCGUCUGGAUAUCAUUAAUGAGAGCUGGUUGCAGGACUCCACUGGAAUAACAAUGAACCAUUUCUUCUCACUGAUGCAGGCAGAACUGAACCGUUUCCAAGAUACAAAGACAUUCCUUCAAGAUUAUUACAGGGGAAUGGAAUGCAAAAUCCCAACAGCGGACAAUAAGAAAUUUACUCGUAUCCCGUUGGUCCAAAUGGAUAGUAAAGAGAUUUUGGAAAGUCAGCUUAGAAUUCCUCUAGUUUCUCGAACAUCUGUCUCUCUGGAUUUAACUAUAUCCAGACCCAAACCAAAAACCAUACUGAAGGGCAAGAUCGAUUACUCACUAGAAAAAAUAGAGUUAAACUUUGAGGCAGAUGAGAAGCUGGUAAUGGACACCUGGCAGCAGACUUCUUCAGCAAUAUCUCAAAUGGUGGCUGCUGAAAUUCAUCAGAGGCUCCUGGAUGAAGAAAAAGAAAGCCAGCUAGCAGGAACAAAAGAAAAAUCUCCUCAGAUGGGUGCAAAUAAGAAAGUCAAAAAGGAACCUCCCAAGAAGAAAAAAGAGGACAAAAAGGGAAAAGGUAAAUCACCACCUAUAGCAGAAGUCACACCUAUGAUGGUAACAUCAGAGGAGAUUGACAAAAUGGAAAAGGAAAAUGAACUGAGACUCAAAAUAAAAGAAGAGCAUCUUGCUGCCCUGCAAUUUGAAGAGACAGUUACACAGUUCCGACUUGAAGUGAUAAAGACAAAAGCAUUGGCUUUCCUUGAAGAUUUAGUAACAAAGGUGGUUGAUGUAUACAAACUCAUGGAAACAUGGCUUGGUGAGAGGUACUUGAAUGAAAUGGCCAGUGUAGAAAAAUUAACUGAGGUAGCUUGCUAUCACAUUGAAACAUCUACAAAAAUUCAGAAUGAACUUUACGUAGGCCAAGAAGACUUCUUCAUUAAUAACGAUAUAAAGGUCUUCCCAGAUCCCCCUCCUCCGAUACGUCCUCCACCUGUAGAAAAGGAAGAAAAUGGCACCCUGACCAUCAAUCAGCUGGACAGUCUUCUAGAUCAGUUCUUAGAUAUAGCGCCCAAAGGCAUAAUAGGAAAUAAAACAUUUACUGACAUUCUGCUUGAUUUGGUCACCCUGAACCAUGGAACAAACAACUUUCCUUGUAGUUGGAUGAACCUCACUCAACCUGAAUUGCAGGAGUUAACAUCUUUAUUAACUGUAAACUCGGAGUUCGUGGACUGGCGGAAAUUCUUGCUAGUGACCGCGCUGCCUUGGCCCAUCCCCCUGGAGGAGGAGCUCCUCAAGACCUGGCAGAGGUUCAAGGCUGUGGAUGAGGAGCAGCUGGGCACCGUCACUUUCGAGCAGUAUAUGCAGGUUGCUGUCAACACCUAUUGGCACUCACACCAGGCUACUUUUGACCUAAGAAGUAGGAUUUCACCACAACAGCCACUUAAGAGUAACAGACAGCAGCAUAGACACAACUUUUUCUUUAGGCUAUUUGCCGACUAUGAGAUAGAUCCACCCCGGCUUGACUACACACAGAUGCUGCUCUGUUUCGCUUGCCACCCGGACCCUGUGGAGGGCGUCUACAGGGCCUUCAGUGUGGCCACUGGGACUCAUAUCUUCCAACCAAUUGAAGCUCCUACUCUUACUGCAGAAGAGACCUACUCCUUUAUCAAUAUGAGUCCUAUUGAGGAAUAUCCUGAACUUGAGGAACAUUUUGUAAGCGAGGAAAGGGAAUUAAGAGAAGAAAAGGUGGAAAAGGAAGAAGAAAUUCCUAAAAAUGCCAACACUGAAAAGAUUGCCAUGGAAACACUGUUCAAAGUGUUCCGAGGAGGAAACGAAGCACAGGACACUAACCGAUUUGCCAGCCACCUAAAGAUAGAGAACAUUUAUUCAGAGGACUUCACAAAAGUAUUUCAGGACCUGGGUGCCAAGAACCUGGAGCCAGUUGAAGUUGCUGUUCUUUUGAAGCAUCCUUUUAUUCAAGACCUGAUUUCAAGCUAUCCAGACUACAAAAUUCCUGAUAUUAAAAUAAUUCUCCAGAGGAGUGAACAUGUGCAAGGAAGUGAUGGAGAAAGAUCUCCUUCAAGACUUACAGAGGAAAAGAAGUAAAGACACAAGAGUGUGAUUUGUAUAAUCUAGCAAUGAAUCUUCCAAACAUAAAAUGUAAAGAUGGUGUCUGUCAUAUAUGUUAUUCUUGUAAGUAUAGAAAUGACCCCAACCAGGUUAUGAGGUACACUGAUAAGGAGGCUAUCUUUAACUUAGAGACUAUUCCAUAAUAAAUCUUAAAUUUCAGAGCAAAAAUCCAAAGAAGGAAUGC